UGACGACAGAAAAGCAGUGAGAGACGGACGAGCACAGCUGUGAAACCAUGAAGUCUGUUCUGAACAUCACACUUCUCACGGUGGUCUGCGUGAUCAGUAUGGCUGCACUGGGGGUCCGGGGAGCUUCCAUACUGCAGAGCCAUCCCAAACAGAGUGACCACCACAAGUCACGCUCAUACCUCCUGACUCUGGAUCAUCUGGACAAGGGCUCAGCCAGCUCUAUCCGGCCAAUCAACAACGACUCCAUCUCUCCAUGGGAAUACACACUUGUCACAGAUAGCGACUACAUCCCAGACACCAUCUCGACCGCCAAGUGUCUGCUGACCGGAUGUCUGAACGCGAAGGGAGAGGAGAUCCUGGAUGUGGAAUCCAAACCCAUAAUGAGGCAAAUCCUGGUGCUCAAGAAGGUCAAAGCCGACGAGAAAAGCUACCAGUUAAAACUGGCGUAUAAGACCAUCUCGGUGGGCUGCACUUGCGUCCGGCCGUACGUCCAGCAGGUCUGA